UGAAAGAUCAAUCAAGAAAAGCUGGAUAAGUGUUACGCCAAGGCCAUCGCCGACGAAGAGAAGGAGAUAAAGCAAAAAGAAGAAGAUGAAUGGAAGAAAAAAUUGAAGGAGGAGGAGGAUCGUAGGGCGGAGUGGAAGAAGGAACGCGAACGUUUUGAAGAAGAGAUGGGUGCACGUUUGGAUAAACGUUUGGAGAAGGUUUGCCCUCAGCUGAAGGGUAAUGGGGAGGGGGAGACUAGUGCCAAUGAUGAGCUUAUCCAAUUGAAGAAGGAAAACGAGAGGCUGAAGAAGCUGCUGCUUGGAGAUGGUAAAGGGGAGGAGGAUCGGCUCAUGGGUCUGCAGCGUGAGAUUGCGGACCUGCGUAGGCAAGUCGCAGAGAAGAAAUCCACGGAGGAUGAUAUCUUUGUUCUACGCCUUAGGGUGGAGAUUGACACUCUAAGGGGGCAGAGCAUUCGAGCUAGAGAAGAGGUCGAGAUGUGGAAAGGAGAGGCUCUUAGACCUGGUAACAAGCGGGGUAGUUGUGCUGUGGACACUCCGAGUUGUCCUGCGAGAGGCACCCUGAAACCACGAUGGACUGACAACCUACGAGAUAUAGACAAGUGGAAACAAGAGUACAUUAAAAUGAAAGAGAUGCAUCGCGCGGCUAGUUCUGAAGCUGAAGUGUUGAAAGCGAAACGUGCCAAUGCCGAGGCGGAAGUUAUUAAGCUACAGGAACAAAUGGACAAACUGGCGGCCACUGGCGAAGGUGAGAACGCAGUGGGCAGGGGUACGGAUUUGAAAUCAAGACUGGAGGCGGUGGUUACUAGAUCAAUUAGGAAGGGCAAAAAGGCUACACCAAUGAGAGGAGAGGGUGGUAGCAAGACUGAUGCAACAGGGGAGGCGAACGAGAGGUUUGCUUUCAUUGAAGAACAGAAGAAGGCACUCAGGCAGUACAAGAAAUCGGGGUUGGGGAAUUUGUGCAAAGAGGCGGGUCUUAAGCUCGGCAUGGUCGAACCAAUGAUUGCCGACCUGGCGGAGUAUCGAGCGAACAAGGCCCUUAGAGCAGACAAAGGGAAGGAGAAGGUGGGGCAGGUGGAAGUGGUUUCUGAUGACUCACCCUCUCGGAACGAAGCUUCCGCGACUGACAAUGAUCGCUCGGUCGAGCUCUAGGGCGUUCCACCGGACGUGAUUAUUUGUGGAGUUGGGCUAUUUACUGUAGGACUAAGAGGAGUAGACGUGUCUCUUCCUGUCUCGUUUCGUCCUCGGAGUUGACGAUAUCCCCUGUCCCGAGUAAUGAGGAUUCUGGCUUGCCUUACCUGAGAGACAAGGAGUUCAAUGCCUUCUUUAAAAGGAUUGUAAUAAAUUUUAUUUUGGAUG